GGAGGAGGGUCUGUUUAUCUCGCCAUUUUUCUAUGUUGUAGCCUUUUUUGAGGCGUUUCUAAAGGAGGACCGCUUGAACAGAGCUGUGGAUAUCUCCCCUGAAAGCGUCGGGACGAUAAUAAAAAUGGGAAACUGCUACACGGUCGGACCAAACGAAGCGCUGGUCGUCUCAGGUGGCUGCUGUGGGUCCGACCAGAAGACCUACACAGUGGGAGGAUGGGCCUGGGCGUGGUGGCUUCUGACCGAUAUACAAAAGAUAACCCUAGAGAUUAUGACCCUGCAGCCCAAGUGUGAGGAUGUUGAGACAGCCGAGGGUGUGGCUCUUACAGUCACAGGGGUGGCACAGGUAAAGGUAAUGACAGAUAAGGAGCUACUGUCUCUUGCCUGUGAGCAGUUCCUGGGUAAGUCGGUGACGGAGAUUAAAGGGGUGGUCCUGCAGACACUGGAGGGUCAUCUCCGUUCCAUUCUGGGCACUCUGACAGUGGAGCAGAUUUACCAGGACAGAGACCAGUUUGCCAGUCUGGUGAGGGAGGUGGCUGCUCCUGAUGUGGGUAGGAUGGGCAUCGAGAUCCUCAGCUUCACAAUUAAGGACGUCUAUGAUAAAGUGGACUACCUGAGCUCAUUGGGAAAGACCCAGACAGCAGCUGUGCAGAGAGAUGCAGAUAUUGGAGUGGCAGAGGCUGAGAGAGAUGCAGGAAUCAGAGAGGCAGAAUGCAAGAAGGAAAUGAUGGACGUAAAGUUCUUAGCAGACACUAAGAUGGCCGACUCAAAGCGUGAGCUCGAGAUGCAGAAAGCGUCUUUCAACCAGGAAGUCAAUGCAAAGAAAGCUGAAGCUCAGCUGGCUUAUGAACUGCAGGCAGCUAAGGAGCAGCAAAAGAUCCGUUUGGAGGAGAUUGAGAUUGAGGUGGUGCAGAGGAAGAAACAGAUCACCAUAGAAGAGAAGGAAAUCGUUCGCACUGAUAAAGAGCUGAUUGCCACAGUGAAGCGACCGGCCGAGGCAGAGGCCUAUAAGAUGAAGCAGCUGGCAGAAGGACAUAAAGUGAAGAAAGUGCUGACAGCGCAGGCGGAAGCAGAGAAGAUCCGACGUAUAGGUGAGGCUGAAGCUGCCUCCAUUGAAGCAGUGGGCAAGGCUGAAGCAGAAAAGAUGAGGAUGAAGGCCGAGGCCUACCAGCAGUAUGGAGAAGCGGCAAAAACCGCUCUGGUCCUGGAGGCACUGCCCAAGAUUGCUGGGAAGGUGGCAGCACCCUUGGCCCGAACCAAUGAGAUUGUCAUUCUUAGCGGUGAGGGCAGCCGCGUGACCGGAGAAGUGAAUCGCCUGUUGGCUGAGCUGCCUGUCUCUGUCAAUGCCCUCACAGGAGUGGACCUGUCAAAGAUCCCUUUGCUGCAGAAAAUGACCAAUGCUCAAGCAUGAAGACCCUCCACUCUUUGGCCUUUGCAACACAUCAGUUUCAAUGCACUCUUAAAUGCCUUUGUAAAGGAACACUUGAAAACAGAACUCUCUCUGAAAGAGAUUUUAUUUGACCAGACCUCUGGUGCCUUAUAAUUAUAGGACCAGACAUCACUGCAUGUGCCCAUUGUGUUUGGAGUUUAAAUCACAGUUUAUUUGAUCUUAUCAUCCCAUGCUAUAUCUGAUCUUUUUUACUGAUUUUUUUUUUCACUCUUUCUACUGGUAAGCAUAUCUGUUUAUGUUGUCUGUUUCAUAUUGUUACAAACAAGUUCAUGCAAUUUCCAGUUGCAAAGAAGGCAUGUUGUAUUGGCCUGGCAGGAUAGAGAACAUACAGUUGAAGUGUCUAGGUUCAGUUUUCAUCAUCUCGUAAACAAUAUGCUGGUUUGGACAGGGUGCUGGAUCAGUGCUUCUACUUACAGAUACAGAACCACCGGGCCCAUUUCUUGAGCUAGGAAAAGUUUGAUCUACUGGCAUGCGAAAAGGAUAAUCAGCAUUACGGCUGGGUAUCAAAAUUCCAACUUCAAAAUACUUCAAUACUAAAGAGUAUGGUUUGAUUGAGUACCAAAUUUCUAUACUUAAUUCAGCUACGUCAGAGAGCCAAUAAGCAUGCUUGUUCCAGAGGGUCUAGACUGGUGAUUGGCUGUUUAAAUUUUGUGUUAUUAACAUUAGCAUUUCUAGAUUAGUCUGCAGUUCUUUGCAGUAAAUACUGCCCACUUCCAGCUCCUCACACUCAUUUCUGGUUUUAACCACUCAUAUUUUCAGUUUGAAAUUUAGAAAGAGGUAUCACAAUUAGCGAAAUCUAGGCAUUGAUAUCAGUUUUGAAAAAUCUUGAAUGAUACCCAGCCCUAAUCAGCAAGGUGCAUUUGCGGUUUACAUUUUCAAAAAGGGAAUCAGAUUUACUGUUGUUUGUUUUUGCUAGUCUGUCAUUACUACUGCAUUAGGUUCAAUGCAGAAACACCGUAAAGCUCACAUAUAUUCAUAAUUGAUUAGUUUAAGAUCAGCUAUUUUAAUAUUUUGCUAUUUCUCAUCUUUGGUUUGCAUGGUCUGCAUAAUGUCACAUUAAAAAGUGCAAUCUACCUAGACUACGACCAAUAUGCAAAGCGUAGCCGAUAUGGCAGCAAGAUUAGCGAUAUGCAUGUAAGAUUUAGAAGUGUAACAGUAAUGUAUGUUUAAGGGUCUGUCCCCUUGAGUGGUCCCUGCAUAGAAUUUGAACGUGUCCACUCGUGUAGAAGCAAGACUCCAAAAUAAGAGUUUUUACGUUUGUUUUUGUGAGCAUUCUGUAAAUGAAUGUACAUUUUAGUGUAUGUCUUUGUGUCUUUAUCUUCAGCCUGUCCGUCGCUGGUUUUUGUACGCUUUCACUCUUCUUCUGCAGAAGUUCUGACAUUCUAAAUAUGAAAUCUUAAUAUUGAAGUCCACUUUGAAGAUGAUUGCAUCCAUUGUUGCUCUGAAGUGUAUAUAUGUAAUUUCAGCAGGUUUAGCUUUUCUUCAUACCACCAUCUUAUGUGCCGACAAAUGUCAGAGUUCAUUUAGUUACAUUUUAACAACAAAUAUAUUGUCACCAAAUAUGUCCACUGGCCAGUAGGAAUACAAGCUGUUUGCCAAAUAGCCAAAGGAAUUUCAACUACAAUUCAGCAGGUUUGUGCAACUUUAAGCAAUCAGUAUGUAGAGUUAGAGUUUGGCUUGCAGUGUUUAUAGAAUAGAUUGGGAAGAGCUGAGUGGAAAAUGAACGUGAUGGUGAACUCUAAUAUUGUCCACUCAGCGGUAUACACUAGUACUUACCUCUGGCUGCCACUUUUGGACUGUUUUAAAGAUUGCUGUUAUUGACGUUGAAGGUUUAUGUGUAAGGGUCAAGACAAGGACAUCAGAAGAAUUUAAAAGUUUAUCAAAUAGCCAUAGUAAGUAAAUAGUUUUAUUCUUUUCUGGAUAUUGAUAAUAGUUGCUAUAUAUAAUUGCAUAUAUGUUUGACAUGAAAGAAUAUUGUUCUUGUAUUCAUGUUUGGUCUUUUUUGGUCUUUACUGUUAUGCUCCAGUUAUACAAUGUGAAAAUCAGAUAUACUGAACUUAGCACCUGGGGUUGUUCAUUAAAUACCUUACACUAUGUAACAGAGAAAUGUGUACUGAUAUUCAGUAAACAAGGGACCUUUUAGCAUUCAGAUGUGGAGAUUUUCAGUUCAGCUCCCAUGUUUUGUUCCAGAUCCUAGUAUAUCUUAACCCUCAGAAGUCUCAGUUAUUACUGUUGGUAAUGAAAAGAUGUAAUUCCAUAUUUUUUUUCCAUUCGUAGCUCCAUGAAACAAGCAGGAAAUUCUGUUGCUUAUCUUACAAUCAAUACCACAUUUGUGGUUCGAAGUAGAAACCACACGACCAAUCCCAGUCACCAAUGACCGAAAGUUAUUGUUGUGCCUACAGUGAACUAUACCGAAACAAACAGAAGGAAGUUGGAGGACUAAAUGUUACUAAUUGUGUAACUUACUAUAAAAUUCAAUAUAUAAUUACAUUUUAAUAGUGUAUGGCAAAACAAAAUAACUUGACCUCUAAGGGGUAACCUGAUAAUCAACAGCUUAGGAGCUGGAAUAAAACACAGAAUGAGGACUAAUUGAGAACACUUGAGAUUUGUGUUAAACAGUUUGUUGCUGUUGAGACAAAACUGCACUGGGGACAAAAAGAAUUCUGAAUUUAACCCUUUACUGCAUGGUGUUGCCAUGUGGCAACAAUAGCUAGUUUUCUGUCUGGCUACAAUACAAUAAUAAAACUAUUUUUUCUGUUCUUUUAUGGAACUGUAGGCUUUAUGGGUAAUAUAGUAUCCAUAAUCUGAUUACAUGCCGUCCUGUUGCAGUCCAUAUUCAUUUUUUUCACACACAUCAUACAGUGAGCUAUAGUUCAGUAUUUAUAAACAAACAUAAGGCAAAGUAGGAAAUUAGUUUCUUUUUCAGAAGUUAAACCAGUUUAGAUGUUUGGGGUUUUUUAUGUAAAACAAUAAAAUAUUGUUGCCAUAUGGCAACAGCAUGCGACAAUUGAACUGCAAUAAGAAUGCAUUCAAUGAGAGUAAAUCAGUAUGAUGCCAUUGGAAAUAUGCCAUAUUCACAACUUUUUAUUUUUUUAUUUUUUUUUAUUUUGCAAGUUGAUUUUAGCAGUAUAUUGUUUUCAAAUAUUUCAGGGUUCCAAAACAUUUAUGUGUUUAUGGCUGUUGCAUAUGUUUUUAUGCCCGGAUAUUGAAUGGGGCAGUUUGCUAUGGUGGUGUAUUGGUUUACUCACGGUAUGUAUUGAAGAUGGCAGUUCCAUUGUCGUACGCUGUUGCCAUAUGGCAACAAAAUGUGACGUACCCACAGCAAUCUCCAAAAAGAAUGUCUGUUUAAUAAUUUAUGCAGUAAACGGUUAAUAUCAGUUGAAAUUAUGCCAAGAUAGUGGAAACCUCCUCUUUUCCUGUAACAAAUUUAUAAAUUUUGGAGGAAAUUUUGGUAAAUUAUACCAGGUAUUUGAAUCUUUGCUGAUUAUUCUUGAAGAAUUCUAGCAAAAAUUGUACCUAUGUAUCCUUACGAAUAAAUGAUAAUCAUUUUGUCAUUAGCAGUCCUCUGCCAGUUGUUACUAGAUGCUGUAUAAAUACCGAGAAAGACUGUGCAACAUUUCGUGAAAUUGACUCAUACAAACUCAUACUUUUGACUGCCUUAUCAAUACCUUCUGGUAGUACUGAUGGAGCGUUGUUCCGGUUCAGGUUCAGGUGUGUUGUCUAGUUUACAAAGCUCAUGCUGAUGUGAGAUUGCAAUAGAUGACCAAACGUGAAAUGCCUAGUUACUUACUGUAUACCUAUACCUCUCCCAUAUAGAAUGAAUAUGUAAUGGAUAUAUAACACAUAAUGUAGAAAUUUAUGUCUGAUCACUUAUGAUAAUAAAAGAAUCUGUCGGAAA